AUAAUAAUGUGCAUGCAUUGCUGGGCCAAGCGCUCGGCAUCCCGCUCCAGCGCCCGCGUAGCUUUCCAUAUCACCCAACGCGCCGUUCGCCCAGGCCAGCUAGCUGCCCGCCGCGUAUAUAUUUAGCACGAGUAUUCACUUCGACUUCAUUCGAGCACUGCGGCAGAGCCGAAGAGAGUAGAAACAGUCUUAAAUUUCUUCUUUUGAAACCGAAAGAAGCUGUAAUAUAAAUCAAAGAUGGCAGGUAAGGCACGUGUACAAGAACCAGCUCCUUACUUUGAGGGUACAGCAGUCAGCGCAGGCCCGGAUAGUGACUUUGUCCAAAUCAAAUUAUCAGAUUACAAAGGAAAAUACCUUGUUUUCUUCUUCUAUCCAUUGGAUUUCACGUUCGUAUGCCCGACUGAGAUCCUUGCUUUCAGCGAUAGGUCAGAUGAAUUCAGGAAAAUCGGGUGCGAGGUCCUCGCUGCAUCCUGUGACUCUCACUUCUGUCAUUUAGCAUGGACUAAUACUUCAAAGAAGUUGGGUGGAGUGGGUGAACUCAAGAUCCCCCUUCUCUCUGAUAUGAGUGGUGCCAUCUCCAGAGACUAUGGAAUCAUGAUUGAGAAGGAGGGAAUCUCACUCAGAGGCCUGUUUAUCAUUGACGAUAAGGGCAUCCUACGUCAGAUUACAAUCAACGAUCUCCCCGUCGGUCGCUCUGUUGAUGAGGUUCUUCGUCUGGUCCAAGCUUUCCAGUUCACAGACAAACAUGGAGAAGUUUGUCCUGCCGGUUGGAAACCUGGUGAUGAUACAAUCAAGCCUGAUGUCAAAGAUAGCAAGGAGUUCUUUGGAAAGAAAUAAUUUAGCAAUCCCCAUUCCCCCUCUUUUUUCUCCUUCCAACCACACCCCUAUUAUUACAAUGGUUUCAUCCAUUCUCUGUACCAAUGUUUGACAUACUAGACCAAAAUACAUUUGAUAAAGGGUAUGUGGAAUAUUUUGUUGCUGCCUUCCAUUGAUCAUCUGAUGGAGUAAAUUGUUUUGUACUCUGAAUAUGUUGCAUAUGAAGUACAUUCAUGAAUUUCAUGACUAAAUAACACAAAAUUCUUAUAUUUAUGUUCAAUAUCAAUGAAAUCACACUAAAAUCCUGAAAACUUGUGGAUGUCCCAACAAAAAAAUAUUAUGAAUGCAUGCAUGCAAGUCAAUAUCUGAGAUGGUAGAAAGAAUGGGAGAGUCCAUUGUCAUUGUAGGGGCGUGAAUGCAUUCACUGUGCUUUCUACAGAGCACAGUUGAAUAAUGGAAGUUGGACGAUUCAAGAAAAUAUAAAAGCAUUAUUUAGAGAAAAAUAUACACCUUGGAAUUCGAAGAAAUUAUUGGGGCAAGUAUUGUAAAUUUUGGGUAAAUUUCAUUGUGAGGAAAGUAUGAAUCUGUGUCGACAUUUGAUUGUGUUCUUAUUGCGAACAAGCAUAAACCAGCUUGUGUAUUGGUUGUAGAUGAAGACAUUGCAAUGGAAAGUUUUUUUUUUUGUGUCUUAAAAAAAAAAUCAAGGUUAGAAACUGAAUUUGUAUACUUGGUGUUUUCUAAGUCAUCGAGCAGUAUUGUUUUAAUUUGUGAGUUUUGUUUUCUUCUUCAAGUGAGCUUUUAGUAAAAAAAAACAAAACAACAUCAUUGAAGUUCCUCAAUCUACUAUGUGUAGGUUUCAUGGUUUCAAGCUACACUGACUGCCUCUUCAAUCCUGAAGAUUCUUGCAGUAUUGUAGUACUGGGAAACGGUAGGAAUGUGUAGGAAUGCAUGUUUGAUUUGUACUAUUUUGUUUGUAUAGCUAAGCUUAAUAUUUUAUUUAUGUGCUGAUAUAUGUCAUAUGUUGCCCUUGACUGAAUAUUUGAUAUCAGAAAAACAAAGAGGUUAUAUGCUAUGAAAGAAAAACAGCAGCUCUGAAAAUUUUGUAUUCCAGCCAUUUUAUGUGUUGACUUGUACGAUCCCAUUUUUACCUCGUAUUCCUCUUGUGUUAGGAAUUAAAUCCCAUCAGACUUUUUUUAUUUAAUCCAAGACAUUAAAAUGCUCCUUGGUAUAUGAUUAUCUCCAAUAUUUUAUUAUCUUUUUAUAUUUUAAUAAAAUAUAAUAUAUCAAAACCUUAACAUAAUACUUUGGCAUGAAAUGUCUGCAUUUACAUAUAUAUACGGUAUGUUCAAACAACACUAAAGCAAUUCCAAGAAAGUUUAUUAUCAAAGAUAGCUUGUAGGUUAUUUUUGCUUUUAUUUUACUACACAUGUACCUCAAACCUUGUAACCACAUAUAUUUGUUUAGUCAAUGAGCUUAUGUGUGCCAGGUAUCAGUUAUAUGCAUGUUGAAAAUUAUUGUUAAUAUCUUUUUUGUUUUAAGGGCAAUUGUGAUUCUCAAAGUUAGAACUGAGAGAGAAAACCUGUUAUGAAAUACAUUCUUAUAUACUGCAUAAUCUGCAUCAUUUGUGCAGAAAUCCCAUAAGCAUUUUUUAAAUUUCCUCACAAUCUCACUUAAAUAAUGCAGUGGUGAAUGCCGAAAGGCUGCUGUCAAAGACGUACUGCACAAGAUACAUUGUGCCUCAAAAGCACAUUUUAUUAUGGUUUCUUUCAAAAGAUAAUGCAGAUUAUGAAGAAAGAUCUUCCCUUAUUCUAAACCCUUCCAAAAUGAGCUUUCUAAAACACACAACCAUUUCAUGAGCACACAAUUUUUAAGUUCCCCAUGAAUUUGCCUGUAUUCAUCAUGCAUACAUUGUAUUAUGGUACUAUAAAUAACAUCUUUAUUUGGUUGUGGUUUACACUACAGAUUAGAAAUGCGCCAUGUGGGCUGUAACUAACAUAUUAACCUUGGUGUUUCGAAAGUACUUUUUGUACUCAUGGUCUCUGAUGUUUUAGCCUGCAUCGUUGAAAGAGAAAAGUUCCCAUGCAUAAUAUGUGUGUGAAAAAAUAAAUGUUUGAUUAGCAACUGAAAAAAGA